GCUGAUGGCGCCGUACCGCGGUGACAGAGCCGUGAACGCCGCGGAGCUGUUGAUCCGGAGGAGUAGAGGGAUCGGGGAUGCCGGGUCUCUGAUCAGACACAACGUGAAGGUCCUUCGAGGCAUCCUACUACAGGACAACAGGGAUUUCGUUAAAGUAUGGAACAAGAGCUCAAAAUCCACAAUGAUGUAUGAGAAUGGUAAAAUCUACUUUGAAAAUUAUCAGAACUGCUACAGCUGUGUUCAUGCAGAGCCUCAAGUUCUAUACAAACUGCCCAGGAGAUCUAAAUUGGAGAAAUUUGAAGAUGCGUUGCUGUGUCAGAGCCCACUUGACAGGACAUUAGCAUCCCCCUCUGAUCAAAAACCCAGCCUCUUGGCUUUGACCGCCGACAACUGGCUGUAUCGCCUAUCAGCUGAAACAGGAGAGGAGCUGCAGAGAGUUUACUUGUCCUCAAAACAUAAGUUCAGGUAUCUUGGCUGGGAUGUCUCUCAGGAGAUGUUUUAUGUUAAAUCUGUUCAAAACAAAGCAACCUCUUUAGCUCGACAGGCAAGUGUCACUCAGGAGACUGUGAUGCACUUGGCCAUCUUCAAUGUCUUUCCCUUACAAAUUGUUGGCAUUUUGGAGAUCAACAAAAAGGUAUUUGGAAAUGGCGUUACUGAUGUUGUUCUGUCCCAAGGUGUCCUCGUGGUGUCUUACACCAACAAGUCAGUGAAGCUGUACAGCUUUGAGCACAUUGUUCAAAGGUACUUAAAGGAGACGCUGACACUUGGAAAGCAGAGCUCACUUCUUGGUGGCAAAACUGUGGGAGAUGUUCCGUUUGGUAUCCCAGUAAACAUACAGAUCACCGAUUGGCCUCCAGUGCUUUUUGAGGUAUCAUGUGCUAAUAACAGUGUCCAGAUGGGAGGCUACCCGUGGCACUACAUCUACACACCACCACAUAAAAAUCACAAGGGCACUCACCACAUCUGUUCCCUCAAGGACAGCACUGUAGCAUCAAAUGGAAUACAGAACAUGAACUGCUGCUCUCUGGAGAGCGAUGGGAUAUUCUUCCACCCUGAUGACUCAGGAAGAAUCCUUCAUGUUGGACCUGCAACAAUAAAUGUCCUGAAAAUCAUUAGUGAACUGAACAAUGGCUCAUCUUCAGAGGUGGUUCAGGAUUUCUCUAUGAAAAUCCAUCGACACAACAACCCAACUUCACAAGUCACAGUCACCUCAUCGGGCCGAACGGUGAAGAAAAGAUUUCAUCAGCUGGACGAUGACCCAGAUCAAGAGACUUUCCGCAUAGUGGAGUAUGAGGACGAGCUGGACCUCUUGGCAGUGGUGGUUACUAACGGUGAGGAGGGAGAAGGAAGAGCCCAGAUCCGACUGCACGACAACCAGAGUGGGGAGUUACUGCGGACUGUGGAUCUGGUAGAACCGUGGGACGAGACUUUUCGACAUGAGUUGUUUUUUGACAAAGACACAAUUGUUCACAUUGAACAGAAGAACACCAGCUUCUGCUGCCAUGUCUACAAGCUCAAGGUCGCCGGAAAAUAAUGCUUUUAUUGUUCAAAAUAAUGUCAUUAUUGUCAUUAAUGUCAUUAUUGACAUUAUUACUGUUGUGCGAAUUACAUCAGAUAAUUAUUUUAGUACCCGUCGUUCUCUUUAAAUGAAAAUUGUUGUCUUUUGUGUUUCCACUCUAUUCAUCCAGAUAUUAACAUACUGCAAAGUGGCUUUUUAAUGGGAUUUCUGCACUAAUGUGUUGGUGUGGUGCAAGCUUCGCCACUUUUUACAGAUUUGAAAUUGAUAUUCUUGCAAACUCUGGUAUGUUUACAUAUAGUGUUUUUCUGUUCAUUAACAUACUGUCAAAUAAAUACGUUUGAAAUCACAGGUGUCAUUUCAGGCCACCUGU